GGUUACAGCCCCUUAUUGCCUACUCCCUUUUCAGUAUUCAUUUCCUAUUCAGUCUAGAAAUAUUAAUAAAACAUCAUUUAUUUUCAUUCCAAAUGUCCAGUUUUAAAGAAAAGGAGAGGGCCAAGGAACAGCAGGAAAAGUUUCAGGCUAUAUUAUCGGCGCUUUUAAAAGAUGAAGAUAAUAAAUAUUGCGUGGACUGUGAUGCCAAAGGUCCACGAUGGGCAUCCUGGAAUUUGGGCAUCUUCUUAUGCAUUCGAUGUGCAGGAAUUCACAGAAACUUAGGUGUACAUAUUUCAAAGGUCAAGUCGGUUAACUUAGAUACAUGGACAGCGGAACAAAUCUCAAUGAUGCAGGAGAUGGGAAACAGUAGAGCCCGUGCAGUCUAUGAAGCCAAUAUACCCGAUGGAUUUCGUAGACCACAAACAGAUUCAGCUUUGGAAGCAUUUAUACGAUCUAAGUAUGAACAAAAAAAAUAUAUUGCUCAAGAGUGGGUUGCACCACAACCAAAAGUUCCAAAAGAAUUUCUAGAUGAUACAAAGACAGAAAAAAAAAAGAAAGUCAACAAACCAAGUGCAUCACCAUUACCCUUGAAUGCCCCAAAAGUGACCAGCAACAUACAGCCAGUAGAAGCAGCAAAACCAUCUCAUCCAGAACCCCAGCCUGUCAUCAUUUCUGCUUCUAAUGAUCUCAUUGGCUUGGAUUUAGGAAUAACUCAUCAAGUAGCAGCCCCUCCAGUUCAAAGUUCAGGUGGUAAUGAGCUGUUGGAUCUAUUUGGUGGUGGACAAGAGACUGUGCAGACAAAUGGGUCUCUAGAUGGAAAUCUAUUUGAGCAAGGUGCAGAAGAAAAGAAAACAUCAACUAAAGAUUCCAUUAUGGCUUUGUUUGGGGGAAGUAAUCAGACUCAAGUAUACGGUGUACCAGCAUCUUUCAAUGAUGUUUAUAAGGAGCAAACUCAGCAGGGAAAAAAUGUAGGCAUGAAUCCACUUGAUAGCUUACAUAUGUAUGGUCAGUAUGCUCAGUCCAUACACGGGACAGACAGGCUGGCAUCACAUUUUGGAGGUGUUUACAUGCAACAGAACCAGCCUGUCUAUCCUGGAAUGAUGGGACAGCCAAUGGGUCAGCAGAUGGGACAGCCAAUGGGUCAGCAGAUGGUACCACCAGGAAUGGUUGGACCUACACCUGGCAUGCUUGGACAAGGAAUGGGUAUGAUGGGACCCGUUGGUGGUGUAAGACCUCAAGCUAUGGUUGGGCAGAUGAAUCCUAUGCCAGGCAUGAUGGCACCAAGGAAUCCUGCGUUAAAUAUGCCAGUUUAUGGAACACCAAACGUGUAUAAUUCCCAACAGCUUCAACAACUUCAGUAUCAGCAGAUGCAGCAACAGAUGUCCUCACUACAGCUAGGUGGAGCAGCUACUCAGCCAGUGAAUCCUACUGGAUGGGGUCAACCAAAUGCUGGUCAGACUCUAUCAACAAACUUAUGGCAAUAAGGUGGACAUCUGUAGUUACUAGAGCUCAUCUACAGCACAAAUGUGGACUAUGUUUUACAUUUUGUUCAGUAUAAAUGAAUUUAGUUCAGCGCAUUGUAUUCGUGAUAAAAUGUAGCUGUUCAUUUUAACUCUUAAUUUUUAAAUAUAGAUAUGUAAUAAGGGUUCAAGAAUAUAAAUUUGAAUUGGUCACAUCAGCCAGUUGAUGGUGUGGUGGGGAUGGUUUUUUUGGCCUGGUUCGCUUAUGAAGGUUAAUUCUGAUUAUUCCAUUUCUUUGUACUCUUUCAAAGACUAGGUAUUUAAAUUAUGCAUAGGUUAAGAAUAUUCACACAUAAAAUUUGUUCAAGCAUUUGGUAUAGUAGCCAUUUACAUUCUGUACAUAUACAUAAAAUUCUCACUGGUUAUUUUUAGGUAAAAUUGACAUAAUAACUUCACAUAUCUUACAUAUAUUUCUCACUUUUUUUGUGAAUCACUGUAAAUAUGUGUCAGUAAUGUGCUGUUUUUUUUUAGUUAUUUAUUUACCUUAGUCUGGUUUUAUAUGUUCUGAUUUUUUUUCAGUCAAGUAUUAGAAGAUUCUCAGUGUUUAAAUAUAUUUUAGUCUUGUGACAAAAUAGUAAGCUGCAUCUAUGGUAAAGAAUUUACCUCUACACAUCGGAAUUUACCUCUACACAUCUAAAUUGUUAUAUUGCUGUGUAUAAUAUCUGUUUUUACGUAGAUGGUUGUACAGAUCGUUCAAGCAAUUAUAUUGUAAAAACAUGACAACUCUAGCUAUGAAAAUGUUUCUAGCUAAAUCUUCUACACAUUCUCUAUAACAAUUUACAUAUUCUGUGUAGUGUUGAAAUGGGCUGUUCAAUAAUCAGAAUGUGUAAACAGAUUUUUGGCUACUUGUGCAAAAAUGGCACUAGUUCUGGUUACAUAUAAAAUAUAAUGAUGUAUUUUUAUAUUAUAAUGACCUGUUGUUGAAUGAAUUUUGUUACAGUGAUUAUAAUUUUAAACUUAUGUUUAUAUAUAUAGUAAAUAAAUUUUAAAAAACUAUUAGUUCAUAGUAUUUAUUGAAGUAUAGUACAUAUACAUUGAUGUGCACAUUUACAAAAUAUUUUUGUUCAUUUAAAAUUCCAAUAGUUGAUGUCUUAUGUAUUUUUCCCUCUCUCAAUACUAUCAACAAUUUGAUUUCUUAAACAUGCACAUUGUUCAGACAUCACAAAGAGACAUGUAUGUAUAUAUUGACAGAUCAGAAACACCAAUAAAAUCCUUACACGAAA